CGCCGCCGCUCGUUACCCGGAGUUCGUUUCUUCUCUUCCUUCUCCUUCCUCUUGAUCCGGUUCGGUAUCCUAGUCUUCGAUCAAUGGAUCUCUCCGAAAGGUCUCGCCAAUCGCUCCUCCCUAGCUUCCUAUACUCGUCCGGGACGCUUGGCGUGGAUCGGAUGAUCCUCGGCCGGAGCGCCGCCGCCGUCCCUAACGUGGCACCCAGUGGCCCUGCUUCGAUUGGAUCCGUCGUUGUCCAAGCCCCGAACGAGCCUGGGAAGAUCAAGCUCUACUCGCCCAUGUUCUACGCCGCCUGCACUGCCGGCGGGAUCGCCAGUUGCGGCCUGACCCAUACGGCCGUCACCCCUCUCGAUCUCGUCAAGUGUAACAUGCAGAUCGAUCCGGCGAAGUACAAGAACAUCUCCUCCGGAUUUGGGGUUUUACUCAAGGAACAAGGGGUCAAGGGGUUCUUCCGAGGUUGGGUGCCAACACUUCUUGGGUACAGCGCCCAGGGAGCUUGCAAGUUUGGAUUUUACGAAUUCUUCAAGAAGUAUUAUUCUGAUAUUGCUGGACCGGAGUAUGCUACCAAGUAUAAAACUCUAAUCUACUUGGCUGGCUCUGCGUCUGCUGAGGUGAUUGCCGAUGUUGCUCUCUGUCCCUUUGAGGCCGUCAAGGUGCGAGUCCAGACGCAGCCUGGUUUUGCUAGAGGUUUGAGUGACGGGUUGCCCAAGUUUGUUAAAUCCGAGGGAGCAUUAGGAUUGUACAAGGGAUUGGUUCCACUUUGGGGUCGUCAAAUUCCUUAUACCAUGAUGAAAUUUGCAUCAUUUGAGACGAUAGUUGAGAUGGUCUACAAAUACGCAAUUCCAAAACCCAAGGACCAGUGUAGCAAAGAGCUUCAACUUGGAGUGAGUUUUGCUGGGGGUUACAUUGCCGGUGUGUUCUGUGCCAUUGUUUCUCACCCUGCCGACAAUCUCGUCUCUUUCCUAAACAACGCUAAGGGUGCCACUGUUGGGGAUGCUGUGAACAAGCUUGGAGUAUGGGGUCUUUUCACUCGUGGGCUCCCGCUUCGUAUCGUCAUGAUUGGAACCCUAACGGGUGCGCAAUGGGGAAUUUAUGAUGCAUUCAAAGUCAUGGUUGGCCUGCCCACAACCGGUGGAGUUACUCCUCCUGCCACGGUGACCGAUAAGCUGAAAGCUACUGCUUGAUUUUUUAAAGAUUCCCAUUUCUACUCAGAUCUUUUGACAAAGAACCAGUUUAGGUUAAAAGGUAUACAUAUAUUUUUUUUGAAUUCACAUUAUCAUCAAAUAUCGAGAUCCCUCGAUGUAUUAUUUUGAUCCAUUUCCAUUUCCAUUUCCUUGGGCAUCCUAGAAAUUAUAGAGGUGCAGAAUAAUAAUAGAAUGUGUAAACUUGAUCGCCGUUUGCACACUAUUUAACUUAUUAAACUUUACACCUCUUUUCCUUC